AUGAACCCUCAUGUGCUUGUGCCACCGGUGCCCGGAAGACCCCUUAUCCUGUAUAUGACUGUGUUAGAUGAAUCAAUGGGGUGUGUGUUGGGACAACAUGACGAGUCCGGAAAAAGGGAACGAGUCGUCUAUUACUUAGGGAAGAAGUUCAUGGCAUGCGAGAUGAACUACUCUUUGCUCAAAAGGACAUGCUGUGCCCUAGUGUGGACAGUUCACUGUCUGAGGCAGUACAUGCUGAACUAUACCACUUGGUUGGUGUCCAAAAUGGAUCCAGUCAAGUACAUCUUUGAAAAACUCACUCUCACUGAACGAAUCGCUUGGUGGCAGGUUCUACUGUCAGAAUUUGAUAUUGUUUAUGUCACUCAUAAGGCGAUAAAGGGGAGUGCCUUGGCAGAUUCCUUGGCUCAACAACCCAUCAACAACUACCAACCUAUGCAUCCAGAAUUCCCUGAUGAGGACAUCAUGACCUUGUUUGAGGAAGAAGUAAAGGAUGAAGACAGAGACAAAUGGAUUGUGUGGUUUAAUGGUGCGUCUAAUUCACUAGGCCAUGGAGUUGGGGCGGUUUUGGUUACCCUCGACGAACAAUAUAUACCUUCCAUGGCUAGGUUGGGUUUUGAAUGCACGAACAACAUGGCUGAGUAUGAGGCGUGCACCCUUGGGAUCCAAGCGGCAAUUGACUUCAAGGUCAAGUUGCUCAAGGUGUAUGGGGACUCAGCCUUGGCUUACAUUAGGAAGUUGAUAGAAUUCUUUGAUGACAUAUCCUUUCAUCACAUUCCUAGAGAGGACAAUCAGAUGGUUGAUGCCCUUGCCACUCUAGCAUCCAUGUUUCAACUAACCCCGCUCGGGGAUUUGCCAUACAUCGAAUUCAGAUGUCGUGGCAAGCCUGCACAAUGCUGCUUGAUAGAAGAGGAGCAAGAUGGUAAACCUUGGUAUUUCGAUAUCAAACGAUACAACGAGGACAAGGAAUACCCACAGGGGGCCUCCGACAACGACAAAAGAUUGUUGCGUAAGUUAGCAGUCGGCUUCUUCCUGAGCAGAAAUAUCCUAUACAAGAGGAACCAUGACAUGGUGUUGCUUCGAUGUGUGGAUGCUAGGGAGGCUGAGCAAAUGCUGGUAGAGGUGCAUGAGGGAUCCUUUGGAACACAUGCCAACAUACAUGCCAUGGCCCAGAAGAUUCUGAGAGUGGGGUAUUACUGGCUCACUAUGGAGAGCGAUUGUUGCAUCCAUGUGUGGAAAUGCCAUAAGUGCCAGUCAGACCUUCGCUGA